AUGGACUUGUCUAAAAGGGCAACAAUAGCGCAACAACUUGAGUCUGCUGGAAGUGUACGGCGUAAAGAGCGGUCAAAGGACGUCGCUGUCUACAGGAGACGCUGCUUCCCAGUGCUGGUGACACUCCUGAUGGGCUUGGCGCUUGGCCAGUUCCUGGUCUGCUUACAUUCAGUGCAGGAAGCAGUUGCAAAUGGGCCUCCUGAAGCGCAGAACGUUGUGUCACGGCCGGAAGAGGCGGUACCGGCCGCAAUGCUGGGUUCUGGCGGUGCGGCCGCUGGCAGCUGGGGUGGUGUAGCGUCGCUGGCCGAGACGGUCACGGCGGAUGAGGCCAAGGCGGCUGGGUCGGCGUCGUCUCCAGAGCAUCCGCCGGACACCAGUGCUGCUGACGGGGCAACGGGGCCACCGCGCACGGAUCCGCACGCGGAGAAGCACCUUGGCCUCGGUCUCUUCUACUCGAUAGUGGCGCUCCUGAUAGGCAUCUUGCUCUCUUAUCUUCUGCUGCAAUACGGGUUUCACGCUCUACCAGACUGCAUCGUGUAUGUGAUCAUUGGUCUGACUGUUGGCGGGUUUUUGCGGCUCGCUGGAGACGACUACGCAGCGGUAUCGCGAGCGCUCCCGAACCAGGAACAGUUUAUGCUCUUCAUAUUGCCCCCUGUGAUCUUCGAAGCUGGGUAUUCGCUGAACAAAGGCGACUUUUUUGCACAGGCUGGUUCCAUUAUUAGCUUCGCGGUGUUUGGAACCAUCAUUUCCGCUCUAGCGUUUGGACUGGGCAUGUGGUUCCUAGGCGUGCUCCACCUCUCGUACCGGUUGUAUUUAUUUGAGGCACUCGCUUUCGGAUCUCUGAUAUCGGCUGUGGACCCGGUGGCCACCAUUGCGAUCUUCAAUGCCCUCAAGGUGAACCGUACACUUCAUUACUUGGUUUUCGGCGAGUCGGUGCUCAAUGACGCGGUCGCGAUUGUGUUGUUCCAGACUUUUGGGGGCAUGGUUGGCAGCGAGAGCGCAACCUCCUGGUGGCAACCAGUUGGUCAUUUCGUGUAUAUUUUUCUGGGGAGCACAGCGAUCGGCGCCGCGGUUGGCAUGCUUUCAGCGCUCAUGUUCAAGUACACCCGCCUCUACCGCUAUCCAGUCCUGGAACUGAGUACGUUGCUUCUGGUAGCGUACUUGCCUUAUACAUUUUGCGAGGGACUCGGCUUGAGCGGCAUCAUGAGCAUUUUGGCAAAUGGUGUCAUGAUGGCCCACUACACGCACCACAACCUUUCCUCAGUGACCAAACUGACUUCACAGCAAUCGUUUAAGAUGAUCGCUUUCAUUACGGAGACGUUUAUUUUCAUCUACCUGGGUCUCGCGCUGACGCUCUUCGCCCACUCUUGGCAUUUCAUGACUGUUUUCUGGGGUAUCCUGUUGACGCUUCUGUCCCGGUUUGUGAACGUGUUCCCUUUAUCGGCGAUUCUCAACCGAUAUCGCCGUGAGAAGAUCAACGCCACGAAUCAGUUCGUGCUGUGGUUCUCCGGGCUCCGAGGCGCGAUCGCUUUCGCGCUGUCGUUGAACUUUCCGUCGGCGGACUCGGGAGACCCUGCCCGAGAUCUGGAAACCCGGCGAGCGAUUAUCUCCACAACGCUGGCUAUUGUGAUCUUCACAGUGAUCGUGCUGGGCGGUGGAACUUUGCCCCUACUUCGAUUGCUUCGCGUCGAGCAAGCAGAGUCCGCAGACAACUAUGAAAUGUCCCGGGUGCACGCCGACGCCGUAAGUUCAACGGAUCAGGCGGCAGCGACCACGGUGAGCUUUGCGGACGCUGAUGCUGCUGGCCAAAGAACCGCUAUCUUUGUGGGCUUUGAAACAGACUCGCCUGUUUUUCGUCCGGCACAAGACGCGACAACGACAGGGGACGGCUCGGCGACAUGGAACGCCCCGACGAUACAAACAUCCAUGGACGCGCACCGAGAAGCGGCGGCGAGUGCUUCGUCUUUGCAGCACCCCGUUGCGUCUGGGCAUGCUGCAUCGAUGACUGCUGAGGAGAGCAUGUCGUGGCUGCAGCGCCUGGAUGAACGAAUCCUCCAGCCAUUCUUCCGAGCGCAGCAUCGACAAGUUGGGCGCCAAGGUAUAGAGCGGUUUCUCAAGGACGGGGAACGUCGGCUUUUGUCGCCCACGGAACUUGCCCAGAUCGUCUCCCGAGCUGCUUGGGAUGAGAGCGACGAGGAUACCGGAUCGUCCCUGCCCGAGACCGCAGAACAUGCGGAAAUGGGUCAACUGGGGCAACAGACACUGGAAGAUGGCUCGACAUCGGGUCGGUAA